AUGGACCAUAUACGAUGGCCAGUAUCUCGUGCUGGUCGUGCUUGGCAUCUUCUCCCUCUGCAUCAUCCAGUCGCCAGGACCACUGGCAAAGACCAUCGUAGCCCUAGGCCUGAUAAGCUCGCUGUUGAUGCCAAUAACAUGCCAGUUCUUUCUUCCCUUUCUGCCACCAAUCUGUUGGUUGGUAUUCUUCUAUGCUUGCCAGUGAGUUGGCCCUUCUCUAACAUCCUGAAACAUGAGGAUCACAAAAGAUUCAUCCCAAGUGACUGGCGGCCGCCGAUUUGGGUUCGCGUCCUGCCUGCCCUGGAAAACAUCAUCUACGGCGCAAACUUGUCAAAUAUCCUCUCCGCUCACCAGUCUACCGCUCUAGACCUGCUCGCAUGGCUCCCCUACGGCAUCAUGCAUUACGGUGCUCCCGUUGUCUGCGCCAUCUUCCUCUUCAUCUUUGGCCCGCCCGGCAUCACCCCCAUCUUUGCUCGCAGCUUCGGAUACAUGAACAUUGCGGGUGUCAUCAUCCAGUUCCUCUUCCCUUGCUCUCCACCUUGGUAUGAAAACCUCUACGGCCUUGCGCCAGCCCACUACGGCAUGCCAGGAGACCCUGGUGGUCUAGCACGCAUCGAUGCCCUGUUCGGCAUUGAUCUGUACACCUCUGGCUUCUCUGCCGCACCAGUUCCAUUUGGCGCCUUCCCAUCCCUCCAUGCGGGUCAUGCCACAUUUGAAGCUCUCUUCAUGAGCCAUGCAUUCCCAAAACUAAAGCCUGUCUUCAUCACCUACGUCGUCUGGCUCUGGUGGUCAACGAUGUACCUUUCCCACCACUACGCUGUCGACCUUAUUGGUGGCGGUCUCCUUGCUGCCGUUACAUUCUACUACGUCAAGUCCCGCUUCCUCCCACGCGUGCAGGCCGACAAGUUCACUCGCUGGGACUACGACUAUGUCGAAAUCGGCAGUGCCGAUAUGAGCAUGCCUGGCUCGUACGGCUAUGACAUUGCUGAUGGCCUGCAGAUGGACAGUGAUGAGUGGACAGUCGGAUCCAGCUCAUCCAUUUCAUCCGGUUCAUUAAGCCCAGUCGACGAACAAUCGGCAUGGGGCGGUGAGGCAGACGGCAUUCCCAAGCGCUCUUCAGACCUUGAGACCGGCCUCGGUAUCUCGAGAUGA